AUGUCAAAGAGCCCUGGAGAGAAGAGGAAGAAGAGGAGGAAGAAGGAAGAAGAGGAAGAAGAAGAAGCAAAGAAAGUCAGCCUUUCCUUCCCCGCCCACCCAGCUCACUCAACCAGCUUCCAACUCAACUUCUCUUCUCUCCCUCCCAUUUUGAUGCCUUAUCGUGUGCCACCAUCGUUACCAAAUCUCUUAUGCAACCUCGUCCGCUUUAUCUCGUCCAUCGUUCCCCGUCUCCACAGCUUAUCGACUGGCCCCGCGCCUAACGCGGGCCCGCACGGACGAAUGUGUCAUGUCAUGCAGCUGUGCCUGAACUCCCUGGGGAGCCCUGGAAACGCAUUUGAGGUCGUUCGUUCCUUCGUUUCUGACUUCGUGUUGUCACCGGGCAUCAUCUUUGCGGGGAUCUGUGCCCAUUCGCCAAUGAGGCGUAGCUGA